AUGAGCACGGGUAUAAACACCGAAGUGCAGGAGGUGGUGUUCGUUCGUGAAGAUGAUUCUCAUGAGCAAAAUGAGUCAGAGGCGCAGUACGGUGCUCGCCACGUGAUUAUGCUCUUCGCGCCCGUCUCUGUGUGCAUGCUGGUCGUCGUUACCACUUUGAACACCGUCGGCUACUACAGUUCAAAGGAUGUAUAUUUACUGUAUACACCGUUUCAUAGUGGCAAAAUGGACGCAGGAACGAUCGCGUGGGAAUCACUGGCGAACGCCUUCAUUCUCCUAGGUGUCGUGGUUGUGAUGACCGUCGUUCUUAUCGUGCUGUACAAAUACAGAUUUUACAGGGUAUGUGUAUUUAGCCUUAUUUGUGUUACCGAAAGCUUAAAACUUGUCAUUGUUUUUAGACAGGUUCUGGUCGCGUACAACGUGCCGAUGGACUACGUGACGGUGUUUUUCAUGACGUGGAACUUCGGCGUCGUUGGUAUGAUCUCCAUUCACUGGAAAGGGCCGUUGCUUCUGCAGCAGCUGUAUUUAAUUAUGGUGUCGGCACUUAUGGCGCUAAUUUUCAUCAAGUACCUACCUGACUGGACGACGUGGGCGGUGCUUGGCGUCGUCUCGAUCUGGGACUUAGUGGCCGUACUUUGUCCGAAAGGUCCACUUCGCGUGUUGGUCGAAACGGCUCAGGAGCGCAACGAGCCCAUCUUUCCUGCUCUCAUCUAUUCGUCUGCGAUCACUUCUCCGUCUUCAAGUACACCACGUGCCCAAUCGUCUGAUAAAAGUAAUCGUUUAGUAAUUUCUACUGUUGCACUGUGUAAUUUUCUUCUGGUUAUAGAAGGUGUUAAGCUGGGUCUGGGCGACUUCAUCUUCUACAGCGUCUUGGUCGGUUCCGCCUCAUCUUAUGGCGAUUGGAACACUACGAUAGCGUGUUUCGUUUCGAUUCUCGUCGGACUUUGCCUGACGCUGUUGCUCUUAGCAAUGUUCAAGAAGGCACUGCCAGCGUUGCCGAUUUCGAUCACUUUUGGACUUGUAUUCUACUUUACCACUUCCAUUAUAGUUACGCCUUUUGCCAAUUGGUUGGCGUUCGAACAGUUAUACGCCUGA